UGCUCUUUUAAUUAAAGCAAUGCACCAAAGGAAAUUGCUGUCUGAAUAUUGUCUCAGAGAUGGGGCUAUAGUGACUGUUGCCUGGAAACUUCAAUCUGUUUCACAUUUAUUCCAGAUGAUAGGGCUGAGAUAAAGUUUAAUAAAAAUCGCGCCCCAGAAUGAAAAUCGGCCCUUUCUGAUCAAACAGCCACAAUGAAGGCGAACUGUGGAGGAAACCUCAUGUUUAACAUGUAUUUCUCAGAUCCAACAGAAAAUUUAUUAAAAGAAGGGAAAAGUUCGUCCUGGAAUCCAAUUAAUACCGGGGUACAGAAAGGGAGUGGACAAAUUCAGCUAUGGCAGUUUCUACUCGAACUCCUGUCUGACAGCUCCAACAUAACCUGUAUUGCCUGGGAAGGAACUAAUGGGGAAUUCAAGCUCAUAGACCCAGACGAAGUGGCCAGACGCUGGGGCGAGCGGAAGAGUAAACCCAACAUGAACUACGACAAGCUGAGUCGCGCGCUCCGUUACUACUACGACAAAAAUAUCAUGACUAAGGUCCACGGAAAACGUUAUGCGUACAAGUUCGAUUUCCACGGCCUGGCCCAGGUGUGCCAACCCUCCUCUACUGAACACGCUCUCUAUAAAUUCCAGAGCAAUUUCGCUCCCAUCCCGUUUUCAGGGAUUUCCAAGCUCAACCUCGUCGCUCCAGGCGUUGGGCCAUCUGGGUUCUCGUACUGGCCGGGCUCUCCACCGACUCUUUACCAUAGCCACAACCUGCAGCCUACAGGACCGUUUGGUGCUGUGUCUGCGUCACAUAUCAGCUGUGUCAACAAUAUAAACAAUUUGAAUAAUAUAAAUAACCACUACAACUGAACGUUGAUGUGUGUGUAUAAUCUCUCUCUCUCUCUCGCUCUCUCUCUCUCUCUCUCUCUCUCUCUCUCUCUCUCUCUCUCUCACGCACAAAUGGGUAAACUUCAGUUUUAGGGGAGAGUCGCUAUGAAUGUAACAGUUUUCUUAUUUACUCAUAAAAUGUUUAGCCCAGCACGAUGACAUUUUUACUUUAACAGCUUUGACAGUAGUCAUUACACGUUAAAUGUUCGUAACUUAAUCGAGUCGAAUACAAUUUCAACCAAAGCUGGCUACAAGCAGUCCGAUGUUACAUUCAUACCACCUAGUGGACACGGGCGAAAUAAUUGUAACAGUAAAUGCAAACGACCUAUAAUGUGCGUAUGGAGGUUUUUUUUUUUUUUUUUUUUUUUUUU